AUGUUUUUUACUAUAAUACUUGAAGAAGUAAAAGCAGCAAGAGAGACAAACUUAAUACAAAAAGAAUUAACAAAAAGUAAAAGUGAUUCAGAUUAUGAAGCUAAAACAAGUCAAUUAACAUUUACAGAAGGAAGUGAAAAUAAUUUUAAUAGUGAAGCUAAAGAUAGCAGUCAUAUAAUAUUACAGAAUAUUACAAUAUCUGAUAUUUCUGAUAUAAUUAUAGAUGAUCUUAAAGCAGAUUUUCUAAAAAUUAAUAAUAAUUCAUUAUCAAUACAUUUAUUAGGUACACAUCAUAUUACUAAAGAUAUUGCUAUGAAACAUAAUGAAGAAAAAUUAAAAAAUCCUUCUACUCCUUUAAUCAAAUCAUAUCAUCCUUUUAAAUAA